CCUCCUUUGCCUCUCCUCCCCACCCUGCUGCCGUUACCCACCCCUCCUGAUGGGACCAAAGAGGCUGCGCUCCGCCAACCGCUCCUCUCCGGUCAAAUCUGCGAGGAUCGACUCCGCACCUGCAGAUCUGCUUCAUCGAAUGCAGUCGCAGCUUAAGCACGCCGAGACCCAGUGUUCUCUCGACAGCCACGAUCUCCUGACCAUCCUGAUCUGCAACGAGGCCUUUGUCCAGGUUGUCAGCCUGCCGGCCCUCAGCCGCCUCCCUUGCCUCGCCAAACGUUAUGCCGGAAUCCUGUCCUUCGUUGGCAACAACCAGUGGAUCGACAAGCUCUACAGUCAUCUGGGGCUCACAAAGUCGAUCUUCGAUAGUGUUCCGAGCAUUGACCCAAGAGCCGUCCUCGAGGGAGUGUGUUCUUUCCUCAGCCGCAAGAAUGACCUCCCCCGAAGCCUUGAGGCGUACCAGAGGGAGCUUCAGCUUUGGUGGGCCCUUGCCAGGUCGCCUGCGUUGAAGUCAAGACUCUCGGCCUUCUUGUACCAAGCCAUGCAAGAGAGCGUGGUGCAUCACUGUCACUGCACGGCGUACAUCGAUCCAUCGAAACUUCAAGACCUCGAUCCCGCACAAAAGUUCCGCCUCAUCGAUGCAUCGAAUAUCAUGCGAGAGACAACGUGCGGAGAAUGCACCAACGAAUCCAUCUUUGGCGAAACUUAUCGGAUCAUUCGCUUCGACUAUCAUCCAUUUCACACUAAAGCCCAGGCGGCUGGGCUCCUGCCGCACGAAUAUGCCCUGUUACUCUCGGAUGAAACAGGCGACCUGACCCUUAUCGAUUGCUCGUUUGCAUCGCUGUCGGGUUGGCCGGAGCUGCUCGCGAUCCACCACCUUGCGAUUGUCAGGACUGCAUGUGGCAAUCCAAUCCAGAGCCUGGAGGGCAUGCCUCUGAUCCCAAACCUGACGAGACUGACGCUUCCCGAUUCACUCACCAGCCUCAGCUAUCCCCUAGAGGAGCUUGAGCAACUCGAUAUCCUCGAUCUUUCUGCGUGUGCGCAUCUCACAUCCCUCGAGGGGCUGUCGCCGUUGUCUGGACUGACGACGCUCAGGCUCCCAGCAAGCAUCAGCACGUUCGAGAUCCUUCCUCACGAUCUCGAGGCGCUCAGUGUGCUCGACCUUGGUGAGUGCACGCAGCUCACCUCCCUCGUCGGGCUGCCAUUAUUGCCGAGUCUAGAAUCUUUCAGACUUCCUCGAUCAAUCGAAUCACUCGACGGCAUGCCAGCCGAGCUCAAGGAGCUUCGAACUCUGGACAUGCUGGACUCGUGCCGGCUCAAGUCGCUCAAGGGUCUUCCGCCGCUUCCACGUUUGAUAAGACUGAAGCUGCCAAAGUCCAACCAGCGUCUCAGCGAUAUCUGGGACUGGAUCCACUGCGUCAAGGAAUCUCGCGAACGCAAUCGUCUCGCUGACCAGGGCCAGCAUUCCCGCUCUGCAGCCUCAUCCUUGCGCGAGCUGUGGAUGACACUACCGCUCAGCGGGUCCGAUGCACUUUGUGGCUUGCUCGGAAAGCCUGCAUAUAACUACAUCACUGUGGAUAGACCUGAAGGUCUCUCCGACACGCUUUCAUUGGCGCCAAAGCUCGAUUCGCUAACGAUCGCUGGGUCGAUGUCGAGCUUGGACGAAUUCUGCCAGCCGCCGAGUCUGCCCGCCGACGAAGAUAGGGGGCAGGACAAAGGUGCAGACCAAUCUGCAGGCCAACAUGAGGACUCAGGACCGCCGUACAGCGCAGACAAGCUCCAGCUGGAAUCUCUCGUUCUUCCCGCAUCAAUCGAGUCGCUGGACCGAGUGCCCAAAUGCAUCUGCUUGGCCAGGCAGUUCGAUCUAUCGGCCUGCUCGCGACUGCGAUCGGCAAAUGGACUUGUGCAGCUGGAAAGAAUGAGCACUCUCACGCUUUCGGCAUCAAUCGGUACCCUCGAAUUCAUGCCAAAUCGACUCGACUUGAUCAAGUCGCUGACGAUAGAGGCGCCGGGUCUUUGGUCUCUCAAGGGGAUGGCGGCCGCUCCGUUGCUUUGCUAUCUCUCGCUCGUCGCCCCCAUCAAGAACCUCGAAGGGCUGCCCUCGACUUUUCCUUCGCUCAACCAGCUCGAUCUGGCUGGCUGUGCAAAGCUCGAAUCGUUCAAGGGGUUUCCCACGAUGCCCAAGCUCGAGAGCCUUUAUCUGCCAAGCACCCUCAAAUCUAUCGAAGGACUGCCCCCCGUGCUCGAUUCGGUCAAUAACCUGAGUCUCCAGUCUUGCUUCAAAUUGACGUCCCUCAGAGGUCUUCCGAACAUGCCCAGGAUCCGUCUGCUAUCCUUCCCGCCCUGUCUCGAGCGCCUAGACAUGGCAGCUGUCCAGCUGGAAUCGCUGGAACGACUUGAUAUGAGGGACUGCAACAACAUCACCUUGCUGGACGGCUUGCCACAGACACCGCAGCUGAGUCACAUUAUACUUCCGCGCUCGCUUUUGAGUCUGCAGGGGCUGCCCAUGGAGUUGACUCACGUAACCGAACUCGAUCUGGGGGGCUGCGUGCGGCUCAAAUCGCUUGUCGGGUUCCCAGCCGCACCCAGCCUCAAAGCUCUCGUGCUCUCCACAGCGCUGGAGGACUUGCAAGGCCUUCCGCAGUCUCUACCGGCCCUCCAGGACUUGCGCUUCGUGUCGCCGCCGUAUCGCCUGUCGAGGCUCAAAUCCCUGCGUGAGUGUCCGCAUCUGUCGCAGGUCUCGUAUCUCGAGCUCCAUUCGACCUUUAGCAACUUUUCGAUGUUACCUCCGAGUCUGGACUCGGUCACGACCUUGAGCCUCAAGGAAGUACAAAAUCUAGCUUCGACUGGCGGGCUUCCCGAUAUGCCGAAGCUCAGCCGAGUCCGGCAGCCGAAAAACCACACGAAAAUGCCCGUGUUCAAGGAACUGGGGGCCAUUUUCCAAAGAGAUGGCCGAAAGGUCCACAUGUUCUGAAUGAUUUGGGUGCAGCAAGAUAGCCUCGUUGCUAUUUCGACUCUGUGGUCUCGGAAUCGAUUCGCUUGCUUCCGAACGAUGUCAACCAGCGAAAUUACACCCUAUAAACACUACAAUGGUAGCUAUGGUGUCUGAA